GGCGGGGCGAUGGAGAACGGAGCCGUGUACAGCCCCACCACGGAGGAGGCCCCGGGCCCGGGCAGGGGCGCGCGGAGGGGCCUGGCCGCCUGCUGCUUCCCGGGCCGGCUCGCGUGGCCUCGGCGCGUCCUCAAGGGCUCGCAGCUGCUGCUGUCUCUGCUGGCCUUCGUCUGCGAGGAAGUCGUGGCCGAGUGCACGCUCUGCGGCGGGCUGUACUUCUUCGAGUUCGUGAGCUGCAGCGCCUGUCUGCUGAGCCUGCUGCUGCUGCUCGUGUACUGCACGCCCCUGCACGACAGCGUGGACGGCGGGAAGAUGAAGUCGUCGGAUUUUUAUAUCACGUUGGGAACAGGAUGUGUGUUUCUGUUGGCAUCUAUCAUUUUUGCUUCCACCCAUGACAAAACCUCAGCCGAAAUCGCUGCAAUUGUGUUCGGAUUUACAGCCAGUCUGACGUUCCUGUUGGACUUCGUGGUCAUGUUCUGUGAGAAGCGCCGGGAGGCCCAGCUGAAGAAACCCGAGAGCACUGCCAGGGCCGAAGCGCUCACGGAGCCGCUGAACGCCUGAGGCCGCGGCCGAGGCUGCUGCUCCGCGCCUGCGCCACGCCGCCCGCCCCUCCGCCCGGGAGCGUCUGUCACUGCGAGGACCACGUGGAGAGCAAAGGGAACGCAGGCAGGAAGGCCUCUCUCUCCACAUUGGGCUGGUGACAAGUCACCGCAGAUUAGGUCAGAGGGGUUUUGCUUUAAUUUAAAAAAAAUAAUUAUUGGCACUUGUCCCCGGAGAACGUUUUUGCGGAGGAGUGGAAGACGGUUGCCCUCACUCACGCAGCUCAGUGGCGGCACAUGCUGCAGGACCUCGCCUGCCAGCCCUGGCUCCCAGGCCACCCAUUGCUUACCACCCAGGAAACAGCCCGUUGUCGCUGCCCAAUCAGAAAUGGUUUCACUUUAAAUUAAUUUACAUAGCUAUUAGUUUUUUGAUGAUUAGAUAUGUUCUGCUAUGGGAGGAGGUUUCAUGUGUAUUUAAGGACUCAGUAUUUAAAAUAUUGGUCGAGGGUUUUAUUCUCCUGAAUGUGUAAUCCUUGACUUUACUGGACCUUACUCAGCCUUAAACUCAGACGGUAACGUGCUAGGAUAGCCGUCCCGCACGUUCUGAGACCUUCGGGUAGCCUAGUGAGAGCGGGUGUGGGUGCUGUGCACAGAAGGCAGCAGCUGACACUGGACUUUGGCUCCUGAGAGCACUGUUCUGUGAGAGGAAGCUGACCAGAGACGAGAGUGGGAUUGUGCGCGCGUGGCUUUGCGCGCUGAGCUCAGGCCCAGGGGCUGCGCGUGUUCCACUCCUGAGUCCGAAAACGGAGCGUUGCCCCGUGGUGGACGGCUGUGCUGCCGAGAGCCCGGCCUCGCUUUCUCCUGUAGCUGAGGUGCUCGCCCCGUCCCGCUUCACCUCCGGCAGAGGCGGCCCUGACCCCGUCCUGUUGGGUGGUGGUUCCCCCACACUUGCUCGCUGCCCCUGGUCCCCGGGUCAUGCCGCCCCUGUCCUUUUACUUGUAGGAAGUGUAGCAGGAGACCAGGCUUCGUCCUCUCAGGGACAUGACUUAACACUUCCCUUCAGGGAGAUGUCUCUAGAAGGUGGUUGUCUCAAAACCCUGCUCAGUCUGGUUCUGUUGGUGUGAGGGAGAGACCAUUGCAAAGGCUUCAUGACCAGCGCCAAGCACGUGGCAGGUCUGUCUGUCUGUCUGUCUGUGUGUCGCCAGCAGGCUGCCCCAGCGCCACGGGCACAGCGCCCGGCUCUCCAAGGCUUCCGCGUUGCAGCGGAGCCCCCGUGGCAAGACCUUCUGUGCCGUGGCGGAGGUUUCCCAGGCUGUUGUCUCUGAAACCAUGGAAUCGUGUGUUGGGCGCAGCUGAAAGUGCCCAUCUUGUCAGUUGCUCAUUUGCCGCUGUGUGUCAUAGAUGGCCUUGAGUUCCAGCUGUGGCCAGUGUAGUUCUCAGACAUUUGCCAGUCGGGCAGACACACAGCUUCUGCUCUGUUCCCGACUCCGUGCCUUGUCCAGAGUGAUGUCACUACUGCCUGCUUGGGAAACAAUGAAACCAGUCACAGAGGCUGUUUUUACCAGGCAUGUUGUCUAGGAGAGGAGAGAGAGUGCUCUGGGGUAAUAGAUAAUAAAUAGUGGCCUCCUGAAGAAUAAAGACUAACCCAAAGGUAACUGGAAGCAGUGGCAGACUGUCACAGGAUCCCGUGCUGCUGUCAUUUUAUGGUUUUUUUCCCCCCAAGGUAGGGUCUCGCUGUAGCACAGGCUGGCCUGGAAUUCACUAUGUAGUCUCAGGUGGCUUUGAACUUGCGGUGAUCCUCCUACCUCUGCCUCCUGCGUGCUGGGGUCAAAGGCGUGCGCCAGCGUGCUCGGCUUGCUGUAGUCAUUUUAAAACUAUGCUUAGACCCAUUAAGAAUUAACGGCAACUCAUCUGGGCUACCUCAGUGCCACCCAGCUUUAUGUUACGGGCACAUAACAGCUGAUGUCAACUUAGAAGAGGAAGGGGUAAUGUGGCCUGCAGAUUUGGAGGGUUUACCUAUGGCCUGUUGGCUUUUUUGCCUGUGGUAAGACAACACAUCAUGGUCGGGUGUGGCGGAGCAAGCUGCCCACCCUGUGCCACCAGGAAGCCAGGAAAGUAGACGAAGAUGACUCAGGUCCCACCGUCCCCUUGGAGGACAUGCCUCCCAUCGGUCUUGCCUCUGAAAGUCCCCUCUACCUCCCAAUCGCGCCCUCUGGGGAGCAAGCCUUUGAGGUCAGUUCACAUCAGAACUGCAGUGCCACUCGCAGCCUGGGCUAGGUCACAGCGGCCCCAUACACAGCACACAUGGACGUGUCCGGCCGGCCCCGCGCAGCAGCAGGCUGGCAUCAGGCUCGCUUGCUGCGAGGUUUCCCUCCGUUUGUUUCAUUGGUGCAGAGAGGUGCUUGGCUUUGACUUUCCUUUGCUUUUAGAAAAGGCAUUUAUUCACUUAUUUUGGUCACUUAUAUUUUCAGUCACUCUUCGAACCUUCUUUCUCACUGUUCUUUCUUUUUUUUUUUUUUUCCUGGGGACCAUGGCUAACGGUUAGUUUUUCUGUACUGUUAUGAAAGGAACUAGGAAAAAACGACCGUGACACCAAGUGAACUCACAGAAAUUUGGGACCAGACUGGUACUGAAAUGGGCAGACUCAGGAAACCCAGACGUACAACAGUUUUUUAUUAACAGCUAUGACAAGUUUAAUUUCCUAUAUUUUAUACAAAUAAAUUGUCUAGAAUGAUUCUUAAGACAUAUAAGGGAAAUAUACUUGCAAGUACAAAAAUUUUAUAGUUGCUGUGCUGUACUUGAAUUAUGCUUUUCUUGGGGACUGGGAAAUGUAUUUUUGCAUACUUAUAGCCAAUCAUUUUUGUAUUUGUCAAUUUAAAUCCUGUGGGUCUUUUAAAAAUCUCUCUUAAUGUUGAAUUUUAUACACUUCUUUAAAAAUAAAUCCGCUUCAGUACAGUGCUCA